GUCUUCAUCUCGCUUUCAACUCGCGGAUCGUCCAAACGGCGCCCGUUUCGGACUAUGAGUUUGCAAUCGGGUAGUUUGCAACAUUUUCGAUAAGUCUGGAACAUCAGUGCUUCGCGGUGAAAUUCUUGAUAUUGAUUAAUCCGGUCUAAAACUGAAUCGGUGGCAUACGAUUCGAUUUCUGAUACUCAAAAACGGAAUACCGCAGCUCUCAGGAUCCCAAGGAUGAAUCUUCACGCGGCUGCAUCGCCGAUCGCCCGGCUCUUGCUACUUGUCGGCUGUCUCCUCUUGAACACGGGGUUACUGUCGACGGCCGAGAAGCUCUCGCCGAAUGUUCACGCACCGCUUUUCGCCCAAGGGGCUGGUGGAUUUAAAUUGGAGCCACCGCGCGAGGGUCCCGUAAAAACGUACGCCGAAAUACUGAAGCAAACAAAUCGGCCGAACUUGGGAGACGGCGAGUACUCGUUCAGCUUCGAAACCGCUGACGGAGUCCAGCGUGAGGAAGUCGGAAAGCUUAAGAAAGUCGGCGACGAACUCGUCACCGUAGUUCAGGGCCGCUACUCGUACUCCAGCCCCGAAGGCCUCGCCAUUGACGUCAGGUACACCGCGGACGAGAACGGAGCCAGGUCGAGUUUCACGUUUGGAACGGACCCGGGGCGAUGGAAACAGUCGUCGGCGCUUCCCGGGUUAACGGGGUCGGUACGAUCGGCGCUUGGGGACAAGGGAAAGUCGGCGGAUAGAGAAUACCUGCCGCCAACUUUAGCUAAGGUUCAGAGCAAGGAUUACUUGCCACCACCAAGUACUCCGGCUCCGGCGGCUAAAGCUAGCAACGAGUACCUGCCGCCGUCAACCCGGUGAUUUCCUCACAGAGUCUACAUUCGACACUUUAAAGUACAAAGGGGACUGAGCUGUAACGUUGUCUAUACUAUCCUUUUUGAAAGAUAUCAGCAAUAUGAUUUCCUAUUGGAACGUUUAACCUUCUUUUUCUACUGCAAUGUAUCAUUUUUGUAAAUACAUACUUACAAUAUUUAAAAAAAAGGAAGAAAAUAAUCUCAUUUAAUACGGAUUACUGGCAGUGACUGAAACGACAAUUAUCAAUCGGUGUCAUCACUCAAUUUAUUGAUAACGCAGGUGUUUAGACUAUACACAAACAAUUACUAAGAUAACACAUCAGUGGAUAAUUAUACUACAGAUUCAAUAGAAACAUUUCUCAUAGUCUUAACAUUAUUGUUGUAAGUUCCGUAUUAACCACCGAUUUUUAUACAUAUUUCUUUGUUACAUUACGUAAACUAAACACGGGGAUUAAUAAUUUUAAGACACCUUUCCACAAAGUACGUUUACCUAAAAACGUGUUAUAAACUAUAUUUACACUAUUGCAGUUAAUUAAGGUGACACGGGGUAAAGUUUGUACAGAUAAAAAUAUGUUGCAGCUGUUUCGGAGUAGUUAAUUCGAGAAAUACCGUUAAUAUAAACGCAAGUUAAAUAUGGAACACCAUACACGGAUAUAAUACAAGGACAUAUGUAUACGCUGGAAAAGGUCUUUAACACUCGUUUCGCUCGCUCAAACCUGAGGAAUGGAAACAGCGUCGAUUACGUUCCCCGGUAUGUUGUGUAACCGAAGGGACUCAUCAAGAGAGGCACGUGGUAGUGUUCAGUGGGGUUUU